GGUGGUGGAAGUGAAAUGUCACCCCUCUGGAUCCAAUGGCCAAGAAAAUCCACACCAUCCACCUCAAAUCGAGUUCACCAAUGGAUGGAAAAAAUCAUCGCAAGAAGAGAUUUCAGGUUAUAUAUAGGAACGGUGUUGGUGCGUUAAGGCCUCAGUCCUGCUGCAAGAUCUUUUGUUAAGGUGGGAGAGGAGUAAGGAGAAAGAGAGGAAAUGGCUUCCUCUAUGAUGGUCUCUUCUGCCGCUACUGCGUCCCGGGCCACCCCAGCCCAAUCCAGCAUGGUCGCACCCUUCACCGGCCUCAAGUCGACCUCCGCCUUCCCGGCCACAAGGAGGGCAAGCAACGGCUUCUCAAAGCUUCCAAGCAACGGAGGCAGGGUUCAGUGCAUGAAGGUCUGGCCGAUCGAGGGACUGAAGAAGUUCGAGACCCUCUCUUACCUUCCGCCUCUCUCCAUCGAGGCUUUGCUCAAGCAAAUUGAGUACCUUCUCCGUAGUGGAUGGAUUCCUUGCUUGGAGUUCUGCAAAGUUGGCUUUGUGUCCCGUGACAACAACCGAUCCCCUGGAUACUACGAUGGACGCUACUGGACCAUGUGGAAAUUGCCCAUGUUCGGCUGCAACGAUGCCACCCAGGUCGCGAAGGAGCUUGAGGAGUGCAAGAAAGAAUACCCGGACGCAUUCAUCCGGAUCAUUGGAUUCGACAAUGUUCGCCAAGUUCAGUGCAUCAGUUUCAUCGCCUACAAGCCCCCAAGCUACUAAGCAUGAGCUGAAUGUGUCAAGUGUCUAGAGUGUCUGUCCCGUUCGACUCGGUUUGGGCUCUUUAAAUUGCUUUGCCUCAUUGUUCAUUUCCUUCUUUAUUCCCUCUCUCCAACAGAUGAGAAUUGGACUAAGGUCACUGUUAUUUUGGUUGGUGAGGAACAUCACAGCUCCGGCUAUGUAUAUUGUUAUUGUCUACUAAUUAUAAACCUAUAUAUGGAUUGGGUGUCUGUCUUUUCUCUGCA